AGUCUCUGCUUAUGUGUCCUUCUGUUCCACAAUUGAAACAUUUAUUAGUGUUCUGAUUAAUUUGCUCAGCGAGAACUGAGCUUCAGUUCCAACAUGUUGACAUACUUUAAUACAUUCUCUGAGGGCUCCCGAGAACCUUGUCUUCCUGUUGCAAAAGAUCAUUUGGGUUGUUGAGAGUCAGGCACUCAUUUCCAUGCGGCUACAGCAAUACAUGAGACUUGUUCAAAAACUCAUCUAUCAAGGGCUAUUUGUGCUUGUAUAGCUCAGCAGCAUUGUUUCCAAGCAAGAGGAGAAAGCUGCAGUCCUGUGUAAAGCCAUAGUCUAACUUCCUGGGCACACUAACUGAGUGGCAGAGACAAGAAAGGAACAGCAACAUCAAGACGGAAUACCUCCUCAUAGAUACUGAAGUCAGAGUCUCUAAACCCAGAUUCUGAGGCCUGUUCCAAGAGUUGACACAGAUCCCAUGGAGCUUAUGUUACAGUGACAGCUAGAGCAUGGAAAGAAAACACCUGAAGAAAGAGAUUGAAAAACUCCUUGGAGAUUAUGUUGACAUCAAACUAUGAGAAAAUGAAUUUGAUCCAAGAGGACAAAGGCAUUCCACCUUUCUACAUGACAUGUGUCUCCUGUCUUUCCAACUCCACUACAACUUAGCCUUCAGUGUAGCUUUGCUGUGGCUAAGUGACUUGGGUGUUCAGACUGCAGUACAAGAAAGAAAAUGUGAAUAUUGCAAAGCUAAGGCCCUGCUGAAUUUUGCAGCUCGCAACCAAUACAUGCAUCCCAACCAAAUUGAGAGAGAAGCUAUGAUAUUAUCUUCAUAUACUGGAAUGUUAAUGAACAGCAUUCUUAUUGAAGAGAUCUUUGACAUUUCCAGCGUGAGGCCCUCAGCAACACACUGGCAGAGUUCUGCAAAUGACCACUGGAUUCAAACUUCCAAGCUCUCCCUGCAUCCAUUUGCCAUGCUGACUGCCUCUGAAGAUGCAGAGUAUGCCUGGAAAAAAAGGAGGACGCAUGAAGCUGCGUCAUAUCAAAAGACCAACUCUUGUUCAUCAAGGAGAGCUAAAAAACAGCAAGUAACAGGACUCGCCAGAGGAAAGCAGCAAGUUGACAAAGGAGCUACAGAAGCAAAACAAGGAAUCUCGGAGAAGGCGGGAACAGAUACAAAAGCAAGGGAUGCAAAGGAAGCAAAGACAUAA